AUGAAGCGCAAGCGAAAGACGGCAGCCUGCCAGCACACUGAUAAGCGACAGAAGACUGACAGUCCUGCCAGCCAUCCAUCGCAACCGCUGCUCAAGAGGUACUACCCACAAGUCGUUACAUUGCGGCAGUACCUCGCCUCGCGUCUCUCCAAGAAGGCGCGUCGGAGACUGCAGCAGUAUGGACGUGAUCCGACCUCCGGAACACAGGUUGACAGUGAAGUUAUCCAUCUGCUCGACGCUGCAUUGGUAGGCUCGUUCAAGCCUGUGCAUCUCGACGCGAGCAGCUUCAUUGAGGAGGACAUUACCCUCUUCACACAACAACUCACCGCCUCGGACACCACUGUCAGCCUGACUCCCGGCGAGUUCAAGCAGAACGAGAUCGUUGAUUUCGCGGUAUGGCUCCUCUUUCGCCGACAUCCAGCAAGUGCGAGGCCGAAGCACAUUUUGUGUCAAAACUUCCAGCGAUACAUCACCGAGCACAGGCAUGGCGUCUCUCCAGAAGUCGUUCCUGGCAUUCCAGGCGUGUACUCAACGGGACCCAACGAGCACGUCCAGAGACUGCGCCAUCAUCCAUGGAACACACUACCAGAUCUGCUAGGACCCAUGGCCGCUCGCAUCAUGGCUGACCUCCUUGUUGACCAUGCCAUAUUCACCACGGUGACAGACAGCAGUAAUCUAAUACAACUCAAUGGAGUGCCCAUGUCGGACCUCGAACUGAUCCAGACCCCGUUGGUCUCGGCGGUCAAUCAGCAUGCACCAUCGGACGUUCAUGCCCGUCAAGCACCAAUGAAACGAGGCUAUUCCGACAUACGGUUCGUACGUAGUCGUAUGCUUUAUGCUAGGCCUGCUGGCACCGCUAGUGGUGGCAUUCGGAUCGGUCUCAACCCUACUCAUGUCCUGAACCGCUGUCGGAACAUAGACGACCAGGAAGAGACAUGUCAUGUGAUGAAAUACCUCUUUCCAGCCCAAUUUGGCUUCCACAAUGUGUUUGGUUCACCGGUCACAUCAACAGACUCUGCACAGCCUUUCAAAGACUACACUAUCCGAGAGCAGGAGAUAGCCCGUCAACGCCAGCUACGUGUGGUGAAGUUGCGUGAAGCUGGGAAGCGGCAGAACCAGCUUCACACACCUAAUCCCCGACGACUGAGAGGAAAGCUGCACGAGCUCGUCUGUCGGCUGCGCAAGCGACACUUCACUUGUGCCUACGGUGCACUACUCGAGCAUUACUGCCCUCAAGCUGCGAAUGAUACGACGGGCGGCAAGUCGUCUUUACAACAGGCGUCUCCCACAUCUCGAGUCUCGGCCUUUUGUCGAGCGGUAUUCAGCCAAACGUUACCUUCGGAACUCUGGGGUGCUGGCGAGACUCGCAACCACAACGUUCGCAUUGUGCAUCACAACAUAGAUUUGUUCAUCCGCCUCCGCCGCUACGAGAGUCUCAGUCUGCACGAUGUCCUGCAGGGCAUGAGACUGACCGACAUUGAAUGGCUCUGCCCUCCAGGUAUCGCCAAAGUCAAAAAGCUCAGCCAGACGGACCUUACUAAGCGCCGUGAGCUGAUGGCAGAGUUGCUCUAUUGGGUGUUCGACUCCUUUCUCAUCCCACUGAUUCGCGGCACAUUCCACGUCACGGAGUCCAAUGUUCAGCGCAAUCAGCUAUUCUACUUCCGUCAAGAUGUCUGGAAGCGCAUGUCGGAGCCUGCGCUGGCAUCCUUGAGGAUGUCUAUGCUCGAAGAACAGGACACGACCGUCGUGAAAGAUGCAAUGAAGACCCGGUCCUUGGGUGUCAGCCAUGUCCGACUGCUACCAAAAGAGAACGGUAUGCGCCCGAUCAUAAACCUGAGACGUAGAACGCAGAAGCUGUACAAAGGCCAGCCGGUCCUCGGCAAAAGCGUGAACAGUAUCCUGACACCAGCGUUCUCGGUUCUCAACUACGAGAGACAAUCUAGGCCGCAUCUGCUAGGCUCUGCUCUAUUCUCCGUGGGCGAUAUGUUCCCUCGCCUGCAACGUUAUCGGCAUUUGUUGCAGCGGCAAGGUCUCCUGGGAAAGCCGCUUUACUUUGCGAAGGUCGAUGUUCAGGCCUGCUUCGACACCAUCCCGCAAAAGCGGCUUCUACGGCUCAUCAGCAACAUCGUUGAUGCAGACCAGUAUCAUGUGGCGAAGUACUCCAGGGCGAAGCUGCUCGGCAGUCAUAACAAAGAGACGCAGGGCUUCGGUGCAAAGCCGUCUUGGAGGUUUCUGACGAAAGCGAAUGCUGGACGAGCGCUGUUCGAUUUCAAUGCAGAAGUUGAAGCCGACACAGCAGAAGGUCGAAGCAGGACCACCUAUAUCAACGGCAUCGUCCAGCGUCGCGAAACACGGCAGGAGCUGCUUGACCUUCUGACCGAACACAUCGAGUCGAACCUGAUCAAGGUAGGCCGACGCUUCUACCGACAGAAAGAAGGCAUACCACAAGGCUCAAUCGUCUCGGGCUUGUUAUGCAGCUACUUCUACGCUGAGCUCGAACGAGAAGUGCUAGGGUUCGUCAACGAUGACAAUAGUGUACUGCUACGCCUUAUCGACGACUUCAUGAUCAUCAGUACCAAACGAGAUACUGCUUCGAGGUUUAUGCAGACCAUGCAUGCCGGCAUCGGGCAAUUUGGUGUCAAUGUCAAACUGGAGAAGAGUCGAGCCAACUUUGACCUCGACAUUGAUGGCUCGAAAAUACCAAUGCCCACCGAUGAGGCUAUCUUUCCAUAUUGUGGUAUGGCCAUCAAUACCACCACCCUUGACCUAGCCAAAGACGAGGAGAGGAGGCAGAAGUGCAACAUUGCAGACUCUGUGACUAUCGAAUACUCUAAGCUGCCUGGCCAAUCGUUCUAUCGGAAGACCUUGAACGCUCUCAAGCUGCAGAUGCACGCUAUGCUUCUGUCAACCUCAUACAACUCCGUUGAGACAGUACUCUCGAACCUGUACCACUGCUUCACGGAAGUCGCGCAGAAGAGCUACCACUACGUCCGCUCACUUCCGCCAGCAAAGCAGCCAUCCGACAUCCUGAUCAUCAGAGCUCUCAACGAUGCAGUCAAGCUGGCCUGCGUCCUCAUGCGACGUCGGAAACGCACCAGCAAAGACGUCCUCCCGUACGAAUGCAGCAUAACGAACACUCAAGCACGAUGGCUCGCAUGCAGUGCCUUCGUCGCAGUGUUUCGCAGGCGGCAGACGAAGCAUCAGCAGUUGUUGCACUGGGCUCAGGAACAGGUGCUGGGAUUGCGCGUGAAGGGCCAGGAGCGGAGAUUGCUUGGUCGUGCAACUGGUAGAUGA